UCAAACAAGUGCAAGACUCGGAAAGGACUGUGUGAGAUAAUUCACAGAAGAAUUUGCUCUUCCCCCCCUCCUUGGCUUGGUCUGAAGCUGGAAACAAACUGGAAUAUAUUUCAGUAAGCGUGGGGAGUAGUACGUCAGUGAGAGAAGAUAGAGCUUUUUUCAGAGGAUUGAAGAGCAGAGGCAGAGCAAGGCAGAGGUGUGCUGGAUGGCAGCCACAGCCAGGCCUGAUGGCAGGAGGUGCCCAUAACACACAGAAUUCUAAUCACAUCCUCUAGGAGCCACAGAGGUGAUACAGUUCACGUGGAUACACUGAAAAGGUUGUGUGCCCAUGAGGUCGUCCAUGCUGGUCCUGUUCCUCUUCUUCAGUGCCCAGGCUGUGGCUGCAACCAGAGGGGACUCGUGCACUGCCACAGCGGCACAGCAGAAUGCUCCAGGUGACAACCCCAACUCUGUCCCCAUUGUGGAUCCCAAACUCUUCACCAAGCGCCACUACCUCUCACCCAGAGUGCUUUUCAGUUCUCAGCCCCCUGAUGCAGAGCCAACAGGGUCACAGGGUGCUAGCAGAAGGACCCGCAGGCAAGCAGGGGAGCCUCAGCACCGCGGGGUGUACUCAGUGUGUAAUAGUGUUAGUGUCUGGGUGGGGAACAAGACCAAAGCCACAGACAUCUCAGGCAAUGAGGUGACAGUGCUCCCAGAUGUGAAAAUCAACAAUGUCAACAAGAAGCAGUACUUCUUUGAGACGACAUGUCACAGCCCUGGAUCAGGCAGCUCAGGCUGUUUAGGAAUUGAUGCGAGACACUGGAACUCUUACUGUACUAAUUCACACACUUUUGUGCGAGCGCUGACUUCAUUCAAGAACCUGGUGGCGUGGAGGCUCAUACGCAUUAACGUGGCCUGUGUGUGUGUGCUCAGCCGCAAGUCAUGGCGGCAGUGAAGACUGUAUGACACGCACGCACAGGCUCACAAACUCGAAUCCAGUACAUACACAGAUAUGCUAACAGGCAGGUAUAAGUGACUUUCUCUACGUAAUUUAUCACCAAAGACUUCUCAACCUCUGCACAAAGUAAAUUAUUAGUAUAUGUCAAAGUAUCAAGACUGCAUGUAUACACAACAGACCUGGGUCAAAGAGUAUCUGCAGCUAGUUAUUCUUUUGUUUUGGUUUGUUUUUUUUUAACCUGUCUGAAGUACCAUGCUACAGGGGGUGCAGCUGUGUCAGUAUCUAUUUUUAGCUGUGGUUUAUAUCAGACUCAGUUUGUGGAGAUUUAAUACACCGCUAUGUGCUGAGUUAGACAAGUGCUCAUGCUCUUAGUUUAUCAUAACUUUUAAGCAUUACACUGAA